GAGAGGACCAUAUGCCCCUGUAUGACCCACUGCACUGAAUGAUUACUUGAGCCAAAAGCAGUACUAUUCAGAGGCAUCUUGGGGGCCAAAAGUGUAUCUCUUGACUUGCUGUUGCUGGUCUUCCUCUGUAUCUCAGUCCUCAUCUCCACCACCGACAGAGUGCUCCCUUCCUCUCAUCUCAGUCCUCCUCUUCUCCAUUGCGCUGCCUGGGAUAAGAUCGAUCCGCCUUGUUGUUUGGUGAGCUCAUCCAAUCUCCGCCCCUGACACCUGUGGAGCAGAGUGGAACAGCUAGCAAGAACCACUGAGUUUCCGGUCAUUAUUCAGAGCACCACACAUCGAAUCCACUGACCUGAUUGAGUGAAGCGACCUCCACGAAGCGCCGUCACGGAUCUGGCCUCUGGUGCCCAGCCGCCGCUUUCGCUUCCAGUAAGAUUCCAGGGUGGGGUCGUGGGGCUCUGUAUCUAUCUAGUACGGAGUACCAAUGUAUUCAAGCAGUUUACUCUCUUGACCGCUGUUGGACUUCCUCUGUCCCGGCUUCCAUUGUGCUGCCUUGAACAGAUCCAUCCGCCUUGUUGCUGAUCUCAUCCAACCUCCGGGGUGCUAGUUUCCAGUGAUUAUUCAGAGCACCAUGCUAUUCCUCUGCUCCUCGUCUCCGCUUCAUCUCGGUCUCCUCCAUUGCGCUGCCUCAUCCAACCUCCGUGGACAUUUCGGGGUGCUAGUUUCCAGUGAUUAUUCAGAGCACCAUGCUAGCGGCCUGAUCGAGUGAAGCGGCCUCUAUGCAGCCGCUGUGUUUUGCUCUGUUCUGUUCUGUUCUGCUCUGCCAUCCGACGCUGACGCCGCGACUGUUUUCUGCUCUGCCGUGAAGCAUCAAAGGUUUCCGGUCAUUAAUCAGAGCACCAUGCAUAGAAUCCACUGACCCGGCUAUAAGUUCUUAUAAGAUAUUUGGUGCCCACAGCGCGACCGUCGGCCGUUUGUGUUCUGCUCUCCUGUGAAGCAUCAAAGGUUUCCAGCUGAUUGGUCCAGAGAGCUCUCAUGGAUAUUGUCACGAGUGCCAUUGCCAAGCUGAUCCCCAAGCUGGCCGACCUACUUGUGGGGGAGUACAAGCUGCACAAGAACGUCAAGAAAAAUAUCGAGGACCUCCUGAAGGAGCUUGAGAGCAUGAACGUUGCCCUCAUCAAGAUUGGUGAGGUGCCGCGGGACCAGCUCGACAAACAAGACAAGCUCUGGGCCGAUGAUGUCAGAGAGCUCUCCUAUGUCAUCGAGGAUGUCGUUGACAAGUUCCUCGUACGAGUCGACCACAUUCAGCCUGACGACGCCACAAACAAAUUCAAGGGGCUCAUGAAGAGGACGACCAAGUUGCUGAAGAAAGUCAAGGAUAAGUAUGGGAUAGCUCACGCAAUCAAGGACAUCCAGGAGCAACUCCAGAAGGUGGCCGCUAGGCGUGACAGGAACAAGGUAGUUGUUCCUAAUCCUACGGAACCAAUUACUAUUGAUCCUUGUCUUCGAGCUUUGUACGCAGAAGCGACAGAGCUAGUUGGCAUAUAUGGGAAGAGGGACGAGGAGCUCAUGAGGUUGCUCUCCAUGGAGGGUGAUGAUGCCUCUAAGAACAGACUAAAGAAGGUCUCCAUUGUUGGAUUUGGAGGAUUGGGCAAAACCACUCUUGCUAGAGCAGUAUACGAGAAGAUUAAAGGUGAUUUCGAUUGUCGGGCAUUUGUUCCCGUCGGUCAGAACCCUGACAUGAAGAAGGUUUUAAGGGAUAUCCUCAUUGAUCUCAGCGACGGCAACCCUCAGUCAGAUCUUUCAAUACUGGAUGUUAAUCAUCUUAUUAAAAAGCUUCAUCAAUUCCUGGAGAACAAGAGGUAUCUUGUCAUAAUUGAUGAUAUAUGGGAUGAAAAAUUGUGGGAACACAUCAACUUUGCUUUCUCCAACAGGAAUAAUCUAGGCAGUCGACUAAUUACGACAACCCGCAUUGUCAGUGUCUCCAAUUCAUGUUGCUCGUUGGACCAUGAUUCGGUUUAUCAAAUGGAACCACUUUCUGUUGAUGACUCCAGAAGACUCUUCUACAAAAGAAUAUUUCCAUUCGAGAGUGGAUGUCCAAAUGAAUUUGAACAAGUGUCUACAGAUAUUCUGAAGAAAUGUGGUGGGGUACCACUAGCCAUCAUUACUAUUGCUAGUGCUUUGGCUGGUGGCCAGAAGGUGAAACCAAAGUGUGAGUGGGAUGUUCUGCUCCAAUCCCUUGGCUCUGGACUAACAGAAGAUAAUAGUUUAGAGGAGAUGCGGAGAAUACUCUCUUUCAGCUAUUAUAAUCUACCGUCCCAUCUGAAAACUUGUCUACUAUACCUAUGUAUAUAUCCAGAAGAUAGCACGAUUGAUAGAGAUGGACUGAUAUGGAAGUGGGUGGCCGAAGGAUUUGUCCACCAUGGAGAUCAAGGGACCAGCCUGUUUUUGGUCGGAUUGAACUACUUCAACCAGCUCAUUAAUAGAAGUAUGAUCCAGCCAAUAUAUGAUCCUCUCGGCCAGGUAUAUGCUUGCCGUGUACAUGAUAUGGUUCUGGACCUUAUCUGCAACUUGUCACAUGAAGCAAAGUUUGUUAAUCUAUUGGAUGGCACUGGGAAUCACAUCAUGUCUUCACAAAGUAAUAUUCGUCGUUUGUCUCUUCAGAAUAAAAAUGAAGACCAUCAAGCCAAGCCUCUCACAAAUAUCAUGAGCAUGUCACAAGUGAGGUCAAUUACCAUCUUUCCACCUGCUGUUAGUAUCAUGCCAAGUCUGUCAAUGUUUGAAGUUCUGCGUGUACUUGAUCUGUCGCAUUGUAAUCUGGGAGAAAGUAGCAGCCUGCAGCUUAACCUCAAGGGUGUUGGACACUUAAUUCACCUAAGGUACCUUGGUCUAUCAGGUACCAAAAUCAGUAAGCUUCCGGCUGAGAUAGGAAACCUGCAGUUUUUGGAGGUGUUGGAUCUUGGAAACAAUGAUAAGCUAGAUGAAUUGCCGUCCACUGUUUGUAAUUUGAGAAGAUUAAUCUACCUAAAUGUUUUUUCCAGUAAGGUGGUUCCAACUCCUGGUGUGUUGCAGAAUCUGACAUCCAUUGAAGUGUUGAGGGGAGUCUUGGUCUCUCUGAACAUUAUUGCACAAGAGCUUGGCAAACUGGCAAGGCUGAGGGAGCUUCAGAUUUGCAUCAAGGAUGGUAGUUUGGAUUUGUAUGAAUGUUUUGUGAAGUCUCUGUGCAACCUAGAUCACAUCGAAAGCCUAUAUAUUCGUUGCAAUUCCGAAGAAACAUCUUUUGAACUGAUGGAUCUCUUGGGAGAAUGCUGGGUGCCUCCUGUACAUCUCCGCAAAUUUGUGUCUUCGACGCCUACCCAACUCUAUGCACUGCAAGGGUGGAUAAAGAGAGACCCCUCGCAUCUCUCGAACCUCUCUGAGUUAAUCUUCUAUUCAGUGAAGGAAGUGCAGCAGGAGGACGUGGAAAUCAUUGGGGGGUUGUUGUCCCUUCGCCGUCUCUGCAUAAGGAGCACCCACCAAACACAACGGCUGCUAGUCAUCCGUGCCGAUGGGUUCCGCUGUAUGGUAGACUUUUACUUGAAUUGUGGGUCAGCAGCGCAGAUCAAGUUUGAACCAGGAGCCUUGCCAAGGGCGGAAGAAGUUACGUUCAGCCUGGGCGUGCGGGUGGCGAAAGAGGAUGGAAACUGUGGUUUCGACUUGGGCCUGCAGGGGAACCUGCUCUCCCUUCGGCGGCCGGUCAUGGUUUGGAUGUAUUGUGGUGGAGCGAGGGUUGGGGAGGCAAAGGAAGCGGAGGCUGCGGUGAGGCGCGCCCUCGAAGCCCAUCCCAACCAUCCCAGGAUUUAUAUUGACAUGUGGCCGCGUAUAGCAGAAGAUGCUCAUGAUGACGAUUUGUGUGAGGACGAGGAGAACUGAUUUCUGAUCCAGAGCGUCUCACAUUGCAUCAGAUGUGCUCUCAGAUGGGAUCUAUAUGGUGAAACUGCUGAGCUAUCACAUCGAUUGCUUGCUAAUCGUGAAGGUUUUAGUCUUGCGGAAUGAGCAAGAUUCAUGUAGAUGACCCCACAAAAUAAAUAUUCAUGUAAUGGCUUUUAGAGAAGAAUGGAGUAUUUUCUGUGCGUCCUAUGUUUAUAGCUUUGAAAGCUCAACAAGUGAAAUGGCCAUAAAGAAAAUUUUGGUAUGUAAAAGUUCCGCUUAAGAUUAUAGUAUUUUUGUGGUUAGCAUUCAGAAAUAGUAUCAGCAGAGAUAAUGUGAAUCAUAGAGGUAGUGUGGUACAGGGAACUGUCUUUUUUGCAGUAGAAAAGAGUCAGUGGAUUAUAUCUUCUGUAAUUGUUUGGUUGCUUGUUAUAUUUGCUUUUUAUUUUGAUAUAGUCCUGUUAGCAUGGAGGGAUUUUGUGAUUGGGUGAUGAAUUUCAGGGGUAAAGAUGGGAAUCUGAAUUUUGCUAGGGCGGCGGCUGUUAUUUGGUCUAUUUGGAAAACAAGCAAUGAUAAUUGCUUGAAAAAUAUUUUUCCUAUGGAUCCCAGCUGUGUGUAGGUUGCAAAGUUGCAU